AUGACGAGGAAAAAAAUGCAUGUUGUCGAAUCCAACGAAGAAUAUUUGGUCGAGGAACAGAUCCAGCAACAAAAUUGUGUUGAAAAAGUUCAAGAAUCAUCUGAUCAUCAAGUUAUCACAACAAGUAACGAUGAAGAAGGCUCCACAGAUUGUGAUGAUGAUGCUGAUAACGACGAAGGAACAAAAGGGCGUAAGAAGAGAAAGCUUAAAUAUAUUUGGAACCUUCCUGUUGGAAAAAGGAUUGUGGUUAAGUGCAAUGAUUUAGAUCAGCCAAUUGGGAAAGAAGCUAAACAUCUUGGAAACUUUCUUGGCACGAUAGCUAGGAAUGGAUCCUUGUGUAGCUUGUCCUACAAGGAUUGGAGAUUGUUGAUAGGAGAAAAAGAUAAAGAAACUAAUAUGAGGUUCCUAUAUCCUUCACGAUUGGAACCAUAUAUAUUAAAAACAAUUAGAGACCGAUGGAGGCAACAUAAGUCAGACAUGAAAGCACUCUACUUUAAUGAGAAGAAGAGCAUUGAAGCAAAUUACAGCAGUGGUCCAAGUUGUGUGAGUCCAGAUCAGUGGAGAGCUCUAGUGAAUAAUUGGACAAGCCAGAAAGCAAAGGUACAUAGGCAUUUUUUUAUCGUUUAUAUUUUCCCCUAUCAAAUUAGCUUUUCCACCAAAUUAUAAGAUAUGUGCACAAAUUUUUCCAUUUAUUCUUUGUACGAUAUAAGUGCUCAAAAUAGGGAAAACUGUGGGAAGAGGAAGUCCACACAUACAGCUGGAACAAAGAGUUUUUCUCGAAAUAGGGAAGAAUUGAGAGAACAAGAUCCUGAGAAGAAGUACCCUCACAGGGCUGUCUUGUACAUCCAUACACACAAGCCUAUAAGCAAGGAUAACAAGAAAAUUAAUGCACAUGUGGCAAGGUUGAAAGGUAUCUUAGAAGAGCAACCAGAGUUAGCAGAUACCAGCCAAGGAAAGACUGCUUGGAAAGGAGAUGCAUUGAAUUUAGUCUUGGGAGAUGAGAAGUCUGGUCAUGUACAUGGUUUGGGACUAGUUCCUAAUCCAAACAAAGUUCUUGAUGUGUCAACUUCCCGCCGCUUCCAAAAUAUACAAUUUAGUUCAUUGGAGGAUAUACCAAAUGAAGCUAUGCUAUCCCUUAGCGUUGAGAUGGAAAAAAUAGGACAAUAUGUGAAGAAUCAAGGUGCUGAAAUGCUGGAACUAAAAGAGAAGAUAAGAGAGCUGGAAAGAGAACCAGAUCAGAGAAGUUUGGAAAUUAUGGAGCUAAAAGAGAAGAUAAGAGAGUUGGAAAGAGAACCGAAUCAGAGAAGUUUGAAUCUUGUGCCUACUCUUCGAGAUGAUCCUCCUGUAGAUGGACAUAAUUCUAAGAGGAAAAGAGUAUAUGGCGCUUCUCCUAGUAAACAACCCCCAAUGGUCAAGGAACCAAAUAAUUUGAUGGUACUGUAUGGAUGUGGAUUUACAUUCCAGCAGUAA